ACUAGUGUGCAGAAUUUACGAAAACUACAGCUUAGUUUUGACAAAUGUGACCGUUUGCGUACAAACACAGCGAUUUAAAGUUCUACACAACCGUGUGAUCACAUUAAAUUGCAGGAUUUCUUUCUUUUUUUUUUUUAUACACCGGAAAUAGUAACAUUUUUAACCGGUGAAAGUUGAAAGGAGAAAGUUGAACGUUAUGGAUUUGGAAGGACUGCUUGGCUCUUUGGGUGCCGGCGGGGCAGUGUCUGCUGCCGGUGCACUGUCGCUGCCUGCAGAAUCCUAUGGGAAUGAUCCUCAACUGGAAAUGAUGUGGGCUAAGAAGGCAUACGAUCACGCUGAAAUCUAUUUUAAUCUCAUCUCAUCAGUUGAUCCCAAAUUCCUUAAGCUCACAAAAGUCGACGACCAGAUCUUCACUGAAUUCAAGAAGACCUUCGGUGACAUGAACAUCAACGUCUUGAACCCAGAAGAUCUCAAAUCAGAAGAAGCCAAACAGAAGUGGAGGCCAUUCUGUCUGCAGUUUGAUGGAAUCGUAGAAGACUACAACUACGGCACACUGCUGCGGCUGGACUGCCAAAAAGAUUAUACAGAGGAGAACACAAUUUUUGCCACCAGGAUCCAGUUCUUUGCAGUUGAAAUCUCCAGGAACAGAGAGGGCUACAACAACGCUGUGUAUGAAUCCACUUCCAAAAGCAAGAACCAGAAAAAGAGCUGAUCCCAUCCUCGAGAGGAGAACUUUUCUCAAGUGACCUUUUUGAUAAAGACAUUUCUAGUUCAUUCUGAAAGAAGCCGGUAUAAUGCUUUGCACGAAAUCCCCGAGUUGCUAAUUAGUAUCUUUGCAUUUCUUUUCAAAAUCAGCGGUCUGUAUUCACAAAGCAUUUACCGCCAUGCCAAGUUAAAUGUUUUUUUUUUCUUCUAGAAAGAAAACAAAACAUUGUUAGAAACUUUAAGUUGUUAACUCACACUAGCCCUACACCCAGACAUGUUUUACAACUCCCCUUCUUUUGUAUAUUAUUGAAAUGAUCAGGCAAAUCUAUGAACUGAUCACACUUCUCAUCGCAUGGUGAAUAAGUCUCACCUGAAUAAGUUUACUGUUAGAAGUUGUUUAUGCAGCUUUAUUUAAUCUGAUCGCACUUGUUCAAAUAAUAUAUAAUAAUAAAUAAUAUGAACUCUUAA